AUGGAGCACAAGAAAGCUAGAGCAGUGGAGGAUCCUGCCUGGUUAAUUUGCGACGAUGCCCUCACUGAGGUCUUCCGCAGGCUGCCUGCCCGUGCACUCGCGGCUUGCAGACUGGUGUGCAAGUCAUGGAUGUCCGUGCUCACAGAUCCACACUUCAUCCAUGAGCACCUGAGCCGCGGCCAGCAGAAGCUGCUGCUCUUUGCGAACGACCGGGCAAAUGAUAGGUCGCUCGCCAUGGUGCUCGCAGACGACAACAAGUCCAUGUACCAGCUGUCGAGGCCUGUGGCGUCUCGGAGCGUCUUUGUGCACAAUUCUUGCAAUGGUCUGCUGUGCCUAGGUGACAGCACAGGAGCUGUGGAGGUUCUGAACCCGACGACCGGUGAAUCUUUAAUGUUGCCGAUGCCAAUGUACACGGCAGGGAGCAGCCAGUUCUCAUCCUGUAAUUGGCACUGCUUGGGGUUUUGCCCACAAAAAAGGGAACACAAGGUUGUGCAUUUCUAUCCAGGAGCUCACAUUGAUUCGUUCAAGGUACAAUGUGAGAUAUACACAAUUGGAGCUGGUGUCUGGAGACAAGUUGGGAGCUUUCAUGGGGCUCCGACGGACAGAGGGGUGCAUGUUAAUGGGAUGGUGUACUAUCUGACAAAGUUCCGCUACAUUGCUUCAUCGCGUAUCAACUGCUUGAAUCUUGAGAGUGAAAAAAUUGAUGUGAUGAUGCUUCCCCCGCGCAAAUCUUAUGGAGGCCAUUGCUCUUUGACAGAGCUUGAGGGAAGGCUAUGCUUGUUGAUUGUGGAUGGUGCACUGGAAGGCCCGCCUCGUACAAUGGACAUCCUGAUGCUCAAUAGCCAUGAUAAGCAGGACUGGACUCCCAGAUACCACUUCACCUUGCCUUGGUUGAUGCCUUCAUGUUAUUUUACUCCGAAACACACUCUCUUCCAUGAUGGAAAAAUUUGGGUGCAGUUGUUGGCUAGGAAUCUAUACUGUUUUGACCCAAGUUCAAGUUCAGAAGAACUGACAAAAGCCUGGCCAGAGCUUGACUUUUCAUUUAGCACACAUACUUUCAUUGAGAGCAUAGUUCCACUGCGUAAAGACUACUACUUCAAGCAGAUACAAUGA